AUGCCUAAAUCUCCUAAUUUUGAUGAAUCCCGCAUGGCCGAAGCCUUCGCAGCCGCCAUGGCCGAAAAAAAACCAAAUCUCUCGAGGAUUGCGCGUGAAUUCAGCGUGUCCUAUACCACCCUUACCAGUCGCGUCAAAAAGGCCAAAUCGCCAAUUACCCCUACCAAAUCGCAUAAGAAUGCUUUACAGCCAGACCAGGAGAAGGCCUUGACCAAUUGGAUAGUAAAAAUGUAUUCGUGGAACCUACCUCCCACUGCAGGGCUUAUACAAGCGUGGGCAAAUCGCGCACUGCAGCGGGCGGGCCACGAUAGACAGGUUAGCAAGAUGUGGGCGUAUCGCUUCGAAGCACGUCUACCAAAGCACCUAAAUCUAGCCCCAGUGAAGCAGAAGACCAAGGAACUGAAGCGAAUCCAAGCCGAGGACGCAGGCCUUCUUCAGCACUGGUACGACCUGCUUGAAAAACAGCUCCAUGACGUCCCCGCCCGGCUAGUAUACAACUUCGAUGAAUGUGGUUUUCAACCCGGUCAAGGACGCGCCCGAAACGUUAUUGGGGUUAAAUCAUCUUGCCCUGACCUGCCAGAAGGAGAGAGAGGCGAAAAUAUCACUGCGGUCGAGUGUAUUGCUGCUGAUGGUUGGCUUAUGGACCCGCUCUUUAUAUUCAAAGGUUCCGGCAAAAACUUCAUGGAGGCCUGGUACUACGGCAGCGAAGACCUACCUGCGAAUACGGCUAUGUCUCCAAACGGCUGGAUUUCUGAUGAACUAGCCCUAGCCUGGCUAAGCUGCUUUAUCAAGGCCACGGCUACUGCAGAUCGUCUUAAGCGUGGCGAAAAGCGCUAUCUUAUAUUCGAUGGUCAUGGUGCGCAUCUUACCCUCGAAUUUCUACAGAGAUGCGAGGAUCACCAUAUUAUACCAUUCGCAUUUCUACCGCAUUCAACGCAUUUAGUGCAACCGCUCGAUAACAAGCCUUUUCUUGCGUAUAAGCAAAAAUAUAAGGCGCUAAACAACAGCAUUGUGCGGUAUGGUGGUGAUGCUUCGGAUAAACGCGAUUUCUUUCGAAAUAUCGCAUUAACUCGCAAAGAAGCCUUUACACCAAGCAUUAUUCGAUCGGUAUUUCGAAAUUGUGGUAUUUGGCCAUUCAAUCCAAGGGUUAUUCUCGAUAAACUCGAGGCUAAAGAGCCACAAUACCCUGAUCUUGAAGUGCUUGGAGACAACACCGGAUGGUUUGAUAAGACCACUCCUCCACCAAUUUCCUCACCAAUUGACGGACCUACAACUCCUCGAACAGUUCAGCGAAGCACAGAGAAGCUCAAAAAACGCCUUGCUACCGAAAACCUAAUUCCUGGAGAUCUCCAGCGUAUGGUUGAGCGGCUAGCCGAACGAUGUAGUACAGCAUCAAAUCUUGUGGAGGCACUUCAACACGACCUUGCUCUCGCUACAGCUAUCAAGAAGCAUCGAGAAAAGCCUCGAUCGAAACGCCAGCUAUCAGAUAAUGGUAUGCUACGUUCUCGUGAAGCCAAACGCAGUAUUCAGGAUAGGAGGGCUCGAGAAAAGCUCGCUGCCGACCGGAAGGCCGACCGGGCGGCCAAAAAGAUGGAGAAAUCACUGCCCAGCCAACAGCGAAAUCAAGAUAUCUGGGUAUCAGGAGAAACAGGCGAUGCUGAGGAUUCGAAUGAUGCUACUUUUGUAAAUAGUUUCGUUGAGGAUUUUGAGUAA